AUGGGGAGACAGCCAUGUUGUGACAAGCUAGGGGUGAAGAAAGGGCCAUGGACAGCGGAGGAAGACAAGAAAUUAAUAAAUUUCAUACUGAUCAACGGCCACUGCUGUUGGAGGGCUUUGCCAAAGCUGGCUGGUCUCCGUCGCUGUGGGAAGAGCUGCCGUCUACGGUGGACCAAUUAUCUCCGACCUGACUUGAAGAGAGGUCUUCUCUCCGACGCCGAGGAACAGCUUGUCAUCGACCUUCAUGCUCUUCUUGGCAACAGAUGGUCCAAGAUCGCUGCAAGAUUACCAGGAAGAACGGAUAAUGAAAUAAAAAAUCAUUGGAAUACUCAUAUCAAGAAGAAGCUCCUCAAGAUGGAAGUCGAUCCUAUGACCCAUCAACCUUUAAACAAAGUAUCUAUCGAAACAAAUAUCAUCAAUAAAUCAGAAGCUUCCUCGAACGCCGCGGAUGUAAUGAGAAGUGAUACUAGAAGCAUAGAGAUUAUUGAUGGGACAACUAAGAAUUCCAUGGAUGAAAUUAGCACAAUGACUCAUCAAAAUAGUUCAACAGAUGGUUAUGAGUCGCUCGGUAAUAUUAUUCAUAAUGAUGAAGAUAUUUUUAACAUUCUAUGGACCGACGAUGAAUCUCCUCUGGUCAAUGCAUCAUGGAGCAACAAUAACGUCGGUUUUGAUGGAUCAACGGCAGAAAAAGUUAACAUUUCCGCUGGGGAAGAUUUUCCAACAUGGUCAUCGGAGGAGAAGAACGGUGAGAGUUGGAUGUUUUUGGAUUAUUGUCAAGACUUUGGUGUUCAAGAUUUUGGGUUCGAGUGUUACAAUGAUUUUGGUCAGAGCUCCAUAGAGACUGGUCAAAAGGAAUAG